GAAGUAAGGAAGGGAAGCGAGAAGAAGACAGAGCAGACUGGAGAAACAAGUUAACUUUACACACUAUUUAGAUAUUAACGUUUCUUUAGCUCGUGAAGUAACAUUAGUAACGGACGAUUAAAGGUCACUAACGUCGCUGUAAGGGUCAUCAGAUGUGUAAUUUUAGCUAACAUUAACGUGAAGAUGGUGACGCUGUUUAGCCACUAAGUUAGCUUCUUCGUUACACCAACUACAAACAUGCAAAGUAAACAUGACUAACAACAUGUUCUUCAUCGCUUCUCGUGACAGUUUUUUAUCUCUGUGAACAUGUCCAAACGUGUUCUGCGUACGUACACAUCAUGCAGAAGGAAAAACCUCCUGGUUGCUGUCUAAACUGUGGUUAGGAUGGAGAGAAGCAGCGAGGAAGGGGCAGCUGCUGAUGAAGAGGAUAGAGACCAGGCAGGCGGGUCGGAGGAUGAAGGGGUGGAAGUGACACCUGCAUGUAACCCAUUAGAAACCGUAUCCAGAGAUGGAGGACCAGACCUUUCUAUUGACGUUUUGGCUCUUAGGCUCUGGAAAGGACUUAUGCACCAGGACCAGGAGGAGUCAGAGAGAAAGACUGGACCACAUAUAUCAAGAGGCGGAGGGGAGGUGGUGGAGCCGGAGAGAGAUGCUCCUUCUGUGUCUCCAUUCAGCUUCAUGGACACCUGUGCUCCUUCCAUAUCAAGCCUCUCCUCUUCAUACUCCUCCACCCACCAUCAUGCCAAUUUUUCAUCAUCCUCGUCUUCCUCCUCCUUGUCUCUGACUCCACCCCUGCCUCCUUCUGUGGAGCUCUCAGCUGUGUUGACUGACACCAGGCUGACCCUGGAUGUGUACCCGGGGGGAGCAGCUGCACUGCCUCUGCUCUGGAGGUCCGUCCCAGACCAGCUGAAGGCCCUCCAGUACCUGAGACUGGGCUCUGAGGAUAAACCGGCGCUGGAUGCUGCACUGGAUGUCCUACCCCAUAUGACACAGCUGAGCUCAGUGGCUAUUAGAGGACACUGUUUUUACGAUUCGCAAGGUGACCCCCUGCCUGGCCUCCUCACCACUUUGCCCGCAUCCGUUUCAUCCCUUUCUCUUUUGGUGCACCUGGAUCUCUCUUUCAACCAGCUGUCCUGUCUGCCACCCUGCCUCCUCAGACUGCCUGCUCUGUCCUCCUUGCUCCUCUGCCACAACCACCUCUCAGCUUUGCCCUCUGAUAUAGACCAGCUGUCCACCCUCACCUACCUCUCCCUACUGGGGAACCAGCUGGUCUCACUUCCCCCGAACCUGGGUCAGCUGAAAGCACUACAGACACUGGAUGUUUCAUAUAACCAUCUCCAGGAACUACCUGAUGAAAUUGGUGAUCUGGGAGAGCUCGUUAAGCUGGAACUGUCCCACAACAAGCUGAAGCAGCUACCAGAGACCAUGGGCUCUCUUCUCUCACUCAGGGAGCUUGUCAUCUACAGCAAUGACCUACGCAUGAUCCCACAUUGUCUGAACAAACUGCCUCUGCUGAGAAUAGAAGUGCGUGACAAUCCUUUGGGACGACCCCCAACCCCUCCUCCUCUCCCUCCUCCAUCUGAUCAAACAGAAACAAAUAUUCCAGAGCUGCAUCUGGGAUUUACUGAGCACAGUUUCUGUGUGUCGUCUGCUGGGUGUCAUGUGUUUAUCCCAGGGGGGGCUGAGCUACUGUUCCCUCCGGGGUGUCUGGUGAGAAGGACGAGGCUAGAGUGGGUUGAGAGAAGGCCAGAAAGGAAGUGGGUGUGGCUCGAGGAGCAUGAUAUCCUACUGAGUCGUCCGCUGGAGCUGCGUCCCCAUGGGAUUACAUUUCUGAAGCCAGUGGAGGUGUGUGUGCCGUACCAUCGGACAAAAAGAAGAGAGGUGGUUGUUCGGAAGUUUGAUGGACAGUCGUGGAGCACUCUGUCCACUGUACUGAGGACAGGAAGUGAAAAUCACAGCAGUCACCCUGGGGGACGUCCAGCCAGGCUGGCCUGCUGCUCAGUGAACCAGUUCUCCUGGUUUAUGGCAGUGUCCCGUCCAGUGAAGGACAUUUGCUCCGUUACACCAGCUGGAGCCUUGUUGGUUUCCAGCUCUGAUCCUGGAAUCAAGCUUCACUUCCCUCCAGACUCCACCGUUGAGACCCGCGCUAUAACUUUACAGGUGCUGCAGGUGUCUACGUCAGAAGUGCAGGCACUGGUUGGGGAUCCUCAGGCCAGUGUCAGCCCUCUCCUCUGCCUUUCCCAAACUCCCAGCUUACAGUUCUUGCAGCCCAUCAAAGUUCAGGUCCCUCUGCCAGCUGGAGUCACAGGUCACACAGUUGAUAAGUCCUGUUUGCAUCUGCUACAUGGAGACCCUGCUGGCCAAACCUGGACUGACAUCACAUCCCAAGUGUCUCUCUAUUUCACUCAUGUGUAUGCUGUUUUCUACAUCACACAUUUCUCCUGGUACUGGCUGUGGUACACCACUAAGACCUGUGUUAGUGGGGUGGUUAGAAAGGUGUAUCAAAAGCUAAAACAGUUUAAAGUCCAGUUCUUCGUCCUCCAGCGGAAAGCUGAUCCUUCACAAGUCCUCCUACAGUGUUUACCCUCUACCAAGGUGGACGACAGAGUGCAGUCUCUGGCAGAGCAAUACGAAGGACCUCAGCCUUCAGACGUGUGUGACCUGCUUGAAGGAGAGCAGUUCUUCGCUGGCUUCGAGAGGGGCUUAGAUAUCAGCGCAGACAGACCAGACUGUGUGGGAGGAAGGCUACGGUUUGAGUUUUACUCCAGCCUGAAAAAUCUUAAGGAAGUGUACAUCUCACCAGCUCAGGGACAGAAGGGGCCUGUGAGGGGACAAGUAUCUUUUUAUAGAGGGGAGAUUCCCAGCGAUCUGCCAGAGGAAGUGGCGAGAAAGAGGAAAGGACACGACAACCAGUGGCUGGCAACUUUACCACUGAGACUUCCUGCUCUAAACUCAGAGAAUAAUUACAUCAUGGAGGAGGUGGAGUACCCUCCUCUGAACCUGGGUGACCCUGAGAGCGGCUACCUGACCGAAGCCAACAUGCUGUCCAUCUCUCUGCAGAUUGGACAGGACUGGCGCGUCAUUGGCAUCAAUCUUGGCUUGAGCUACACAGAGUUGGACCGCAUUCAGUACAAGCACAGGGACAAUCUGGGAGCACUGGUGCUGGACAUGCUGUUCCACUGGGCCAAGGGACAGAGGAACGCAGGUCCUGGAGCCGUGUCGAGGCUGAUGGCCGCCAUGGUCGAGAGCGGCAGGAGAGACCUGGCAGAAGAAAUCGAGGACAUUGUCAAUUUAGGAAGGAGAAAGUACACAGAGUCACUGAGAAGAGUGGGACUGGAAGCAGAGAGCCCCUCCCUCAGUGAUACACAGCAGUAGAUAAGCUCAUGCUGGGUGCAGAUGGCUGACUUACACUUGAGUAACCUGUUUGUUUAAAGUGUACCCCAUCACCUCCUCCUGCUGUCUCUGUCCGGUGUCCUGGAGUACAAAAAUGUGUUGUUUUUUUUCCACAAUCAUGAUGACCAGUUACCAGCUGGUGGCACCUUAUCACAGAACCCGCAGAAGAACGGGUAAAAUGAACAAACUACUUGAGGCUAAUGGCAUCUGCCUUUUUUAUAUUUAUUUCUCUACUUUCCACUUUAAAAAAAACGGUCUCCAUAUGGGAAGUAAUCCUAUAGAAACCCAUUUCCACCAAAAAAAACUCUCUAAACAAA